AUGAUGAAUAAUACACUUACAAUGAAUUCUGAAAUGGAUAAUAAAACUACCUGUCAACAAUAUUUUAAUUUAAAUGAAACAACAUAUAUACCUGAUAUAUAUGAAUUUAAACAACAACCUAUAUUAGUUUUAACGGAUCAACGACAAUUACAAACUAUAACAUCAUUGUCAAAUUCUACACUUCAAAUAACUCAAUCAUCACAGAUUUCUGUAGAAGAUCAAGAACAUCAAAUCUCUUCACGUGUAUCUGACCUAGAAUCAGUAAAUUUAGAUAAUAAUUUCCAUAGAAAUUAUAAUAAAAUCAAUAAUAUUACAAAAUUAUCAUUAAUACCUAUACUUCCAAAUAAUUCAGUAAAUAAUACAAAAAACUUAUGGUUACUUCAACAAUCUUCUGAUAAUUCAGUAAUAAAUUCUAAUAUAAAACGUCAUUUUAAACGUCGUGCAGCAAAUCAUCAUUAUAAUCAACGUCCUAUUUGUUAUUCACAAAAUAUAAAAUCUAAUAUUAAGAAUAAAUUUGGAUACAAUUCAUUAAGUGCUCCAUCUUCACUUAUAUCUAGUGCAAUAGCUACUACAUAUUCAGAAUUAAAAAAUGAAAAGACUAAAGAGAAUGAACAAAUGAAUUAUGAACAAUUACAAUUAUUAUUACCUACAUUAUCAACAGUAAAUUUGACGAAUGAUAAUGUUGAUCAUGAUGAUCAUGAAAAUUGUUUAAAUCGUAAAUUUCUAAAUGAUUUUGAUAUUAAUUCAAAUGAAAAUAGUAUUGUAGUAACUGAACCAGUACAAAUUACUGAUCGAUCAUUUUCAAAUCAAUCGAUUACAAAUGAUUAUAAAGUUAAUUUGUUAACAUCUAGUGAAUGUCUUUCUUCUUCUUUAGAAAAUCAAAAAUUAGAUGAUUUACAACAUAAUACUAUUCUUUAUAAUAGUAGUUAUAUUAAUUUAGAUAAUGGUAAUUUUCCAACUCGUUCACAUUCAUUUUUUCACUUACGCCAAUUAGAUUCCCUUAGUUCAAAUGGAUCUCAUUCUAAACCUGAUACAGAUAUAUUAUAUCCUAUGAAUGGUUCAUUCAAUCAGUUAGCUAUUCGUGUUUCCUCAUCACCUAUGUCAAUUUGUAGCAAUAAUACCUUUUAUCAACAGAAUAAUUGUUCAGAAGAUCAAUAUAAUAAAACCACUUUUAAUGGUAACAAUUAUGGCGGUAGUAGUAUUAAAAGCAGACGGAGUAAAUGCGAGAAAUAUAUCAGUUCGGACAAGCACACUUGCAUUAGAUCAUAUUCAGCUAUGAGACAUCCAAACGAAUGUAAUAUACGUGUAUUUCGUUCACCUCUCGAUGUCCUUUCACCGUGUAAAGGAAAACUUCGAUUGGAUAUAGAAUAUCAAAAUCAUUCAAUUAAAUUACACGUAAUUGAAGCCAAAGGACUUCGUACUACUACUAGUCAGAACUGCAACUCUUUCGUGAAAAUAAGUGCAUCUCCAGACAAAGGAGUUACAUUUGAACAAACUACUGAAAUAAUCGAAAAUUCAGCAACACCAUGUUAUAAUAAAGAAUUUUUGUUAAAUUUAAACAAAAUAAAAUAUUGUAAAAGAAUUCAUCUUGCAAUCUAUGCUCAAUCAACUAAAGAGUUAGACUGUGAAUUUCUUGGUGGAAUGUCUUUUGGAAUUCCUAGUAUACAAAACAAGAAACACAUCUCAGGUUGGUAUUAUUUAUUAGACGAAAAAAUGUUUAAAAAGAAGCACCUCAAAACUGCUUUAGAUCCUAUCACCAACUUUGAAAGUGUUUUAUGUGCAACAAAUGAAUUAAUCGUAUCAGAUAUAAUGAAAACCGAAGCUGCCACUGAUGCUGUGACAACAAACACAUCAACAACAAAUCAACAAAUUCCUAUUAUUCUAACAUCGAUUAAUGAACAUGUCACACGUCCAAGUACAAAUGAAAUUCAUCCUAAUAUAAAUCGUAAUUUCGCUAGUAAUAAUCACAAUAUAAAUAAUCACUGUUCCAGGGAAUUUCGUCCAGUAUUGUCACCUACUAACUUUAUGAUUUAUUCACAAAAUCUGCCUAAUACAUUGUUACCAUAUCAAAUUAGUAACCCACCAGUUAAUUCACAUUUUCCACAAUUUUCAUCACCAGUUCCUAUACGAGCAAAUAUGUCAAUUCCAAAUACGAAUAAAGCUUUAAGUAAUAUGAGAAUAUUUCAAUUUCUUAUUCAAAAAGGUUCUAAGGGAUACGGAUUUACUUUAUGUGGUAAUUGUCCAGUUUACGUUAGCCAUGUGGAACCGGGUUCACCGGCAAUGCAGUGUGGAAUACAAGCUGGUGAUUUUAUAGUUGCAAUUGAUAACAUAAAUGUAUCACGAUCUACAAGUAAUAGUGUUGUUCGCAUGUUCAGAAUGUCUCAGCAUCCUGUUCACAUUACUAUUUCACGUCCUGUGCUGAUAAAACCUAGUGUGUCAACUACCAGUAAUGCACAUUCAACUAGUAGCAGAUCCCUUGGAAAUUUAAUUAAUAAAACAUGUUUUUCUGCACAUAAAAAGUUAUCAAAGGAAUCAACAAAAUUGAUUCAACCAACAAAUAUUUCAAAAGUGAGUCAUACAGAGUUUUUUUCAUCUUUACCAUAUCAUCAACAUCCUUAUGAUAUAUCUUCACUACCAUCAUCUUCAUUCAUAACAGUUCCAUUAACUUCAUCUUCAUUUAUUGACUAUUUGAAACUUUCCAGUUAUCUUAAUUCAUCGAAUUUACACCACAAUUCCAGUUCAACAAUUUGUUCAUCUAUAAACCACUGUAUAAUACCGAAAUUCUCUAUUCCUCAAUCUAUUUCUUUACAUCAAACAAUGAAUGAACAAUUGGCUAGAAUACAUCAAGAUAAUUCUCAAAUAGCUGCUAUUCUAUCCCCUAAUCAAAAUAUUCCUCAUCAUAAUCAGGAACAACAGCAACAACAACAAAUAAAUGAUGCAGACGAUAUCGCUUUAGUUAGAAUACCAUAUAACGAAAAUUAUACAAAAUCUAAUAAACGUGCAAGACUGUAGUAAGCAAUACUUGAAGACGUUGGACGACGUAGUUCAGAUUUUGUCAUAAUGGUUGGGAUCCAUUCACUAUUUGUCAUCCCUCGGAUCUUUCGUUUUAAAAUUACGGUAUUUUUUUAUCCAGUAGAUUCAUUCUUUUUUCUUGAAUCAAGUAUUUUUUUAAUAAGAAAUCUUGUUUACUACUACUGGUAAUGUUACUACUUCCCCUACCUUGACAUUUGGCUUGACCAACACAUCUCACUGUUGUGUUGUGACUUGUCAACCUUAACAGAUGGACAAUUGUGCCAGAUUUCAUGAUGCUUGUGGAUGACCAACUGAUUAUAUUAGCUUAUCAUAAAUGGACACAAUGAACUGUUUUCGCAUUGGCUGUGACUGAUAUAUGGAUUUGCAGUAACCGUAUGAACUCAAUUCCACUACCAACCAUCUACAACUUCUUACGAGUGGACUUUAUGUAUAGAAAAUAACAUAAUUUGUGAAAGCGAAAUGAUUUUAUCGAAAGAGGGAUUCCAAGAAUUAUUAAAUAACCGUUACAGAUCCCACAAAAGUUUUUUUUUAAAAACACUAAACAGAUGUAAUUUCAACUUAUUUGUAUAUAUUGAUUUGCAACCUGUAUUAUAAUUUCGGUUUUUCGUGUGUGGCAUUCACUAGUACUAUUCAGGUAAACUGAACUUAUAUUUACGUUGAAGAGUGCUUUGAUGAUUAACCUGUGAAAGCGCUUCUUAUGAUGUUUUAUUCAUUUAUUUAUAUAAACAAAUAAACAGUGGUACAAGAAGGCACCAAAUAGUUAUGCGUCACAUAAAUCAUUCGAUUUUUAUGAGGGCUGAGAUACUGCCCGGGUGCGAACCGAAACAAGCGGUUUUCUUAGGGAGCCACAUCCCGAGCCCUUGACCUAAAAGUUUAAACUACAAGACACUGGAGCAACGUAAGGAGAUGCCGUCCCAUAAUAGCCAGUGACCAACGAUUGGUUCAUACGCCAUUUGUUCACUCAGGAGCCCAUGGGCACCAUUGGUUUGAAUGAGGGUUUUCCAACUCCUCUAGGGAAAAGCAAGAUUCUCCCAUACAACACAUCAUGCACCAAUCAAAUCACACUUGACGGAGAAGCUUUGGAAGAUGUAAACACCUUUACAUAUCUAGGCAUCAUUGAUGAACACGGUGGAUCUUAUGCAGAAGUGAAGGUGUGGAUCGGCAAAGUAAGAGCAGCAUGUUCACGACUGAAGAACAUCUGGAACUCAAAACAACUGUCUGUUAACCAACACCAAGAUCAGGAUUUUCAAUACAAAUGUCA